AGCAGCCCUCACUUAGAAGUGAGAACCCAAACUCUCGAAUAUCUCCAUUACUCAACUAAGAACCCUAAACUUUCGUAGCCCUCUCUCAGUUUGCAGCCCUCUCAGCUCGCAGCCCUCUUCAUCACCGAGAAGUGAGAAUCCAUCGUCAUCUUUCAGGUCGUAGCCCGCUCUCAACUUGCAACCCUCUAUCCUUCUCUUGCAACCCUUUAUCCCUCUUUCGCAACUCUUGGAAACUUCAAUCGGUGCUGCCUCCGUCGGUGCACCCUCCAUCGGCGCGCCCUCUGUCGGCGUUCACUCUCACUCGCAAGGCCUCCAUUGGCGCUCGCUCUCUCUCGCUCAAACCUUACCUCCGUCGAUGCUGAUUCAAUCGUCGCUGCCUCUCCCUCAAUCGCCGUUCCUCCCUCAAUCGGUGCUCAACCCUCACCAUAACACAAGAAGGAAUACUAAAUGGAGGUUUCUUGAGGGUGUGAGGGUCUCUGGUGCACUGCCACCUAGAACGGUCUUGGUGCAGCAGUGUAUCUGUGAUAAAGGUGUGUUGGAAGUUCUAUGCAACUAUGUUUCAUGGGGAGAAUCAAGUAUGAUUCAAGCUGAAAGGUUAUUUUCCUGAACCCAAAGAACAAGGAAAUGUUGCUGGAGAACUUCAAAGAACAGAUUGCUUUGUCUGUGAGAAGCAUCCAGUGGAGCUAUGCAAUAUUCUGAUCUACUUCAUCUACCCAACUCAGGUGAAGUACUACUCUGAGAAUAACAAGAGGCUUAUUCACUUCUCUACUUGUGAAGUUGCAUUUAUUCUGCCCUGCAGAGGUCAGUAACUCUUCAUAACUUAAUUGUUAUCAGAUCUCAUUAUCCUUCUUGUUGCUGCAGCUGUGUUAUUAGAACUCCUUUUUUUAUUUUUUACUUUUUAUUUCGUAUCUUAUCUGAAAUUGUUGGUUAUAAUGGCUUUCCAAAAGGAUUUUAUCGAAAUGUUCAAUCAUAGGCAUUUAGUUGACACUUUUCGAGACUAUAAGUAUCUGGGAACCCGAAACCGUGUUGAUGGAACAGUUGUGGAGUAAGCAGCUCAAUUAUUUAUCCAUUAUGCUUUCUUGUCCUUCUUUUCGUUUAUAAUAAAACUUAUUUAUGAACUUCUCAUCAUUUCCACUCUUAUUCCACUGUCAAGGUACAAGUGGAUGACUUUUGGAGAAGCAGGUACUGCACGGUCAGCUAUAGGCUCUGGUCUGAUUUAUUAUGGAAUUCCAAAGGGAAGCAGUAAUCUUCAGCCCUUUAGCCACCAAAACCUGAUGAUGUUGCAACUGUUUGCUAUACAAGUGGUACAACUGGAACCCCAAAGGGGGCUGUCUUGACCCAUGCAAACUUUAUUGAAAAUGUUGCUGGGACCACUAUGGAUGAAAAAUUUGGCCCUUCUGAUGUUUAUAUAUCAUAUCUCCCUUUAGCACACAUUUAUGAGCUGACAAACCAAGUCAUGCAUGUACAUUUUGAUGAGACUCAGAUCACACAUCUGCCAAAAGAGGUCCAGAAGAUAUUGAGGUUAGAACAUGGCUUCAAUUGGGGUGUCAGAGAUGCUUGGAAACCCCAUCAAGUUGAGUGGUGCAACAAGGUCAGCACCAUCAACUUCUAGCCCUGCCACCUUCGAGACUGUGGCUCUCUUUGGUAAGAAGAAGGCAGUACCACCUCCUCCUUCAAAGAAAGCUGCUACUGCUGUCACUCCUACCAAUGAUGAACUCGCCAAGUGGUAUGGUCCUGACAGAAGGAUCUUCUUGCCAGAGGGUCUCUUGGACCAAUCCAAGAUCCCACCAUACUUGACUGGAGAAGUGCCCAGAGACUAUGGUUAUGAUCCUUUUGUUCUCAGCAAGAAGCCGGAGGACUUUGCCAAGAUUCUGGCUGAAGUUGAAAACCUUGCUACUAAUUGUAAUGAGACUGAGCUUAAGUUGUAUUGUUUCUGUAUUUUUUUUCAAUUUUUAGUUUUGGAAUUCGAACUCAAGAUUUAUUUUGUAUUUGAGUAUUAGAUUUUUAAUGUAUAAAACAAU